AUGGUUGCAUUCGUGUUGGGUUGUUUGAAAUUAGAGGAGGCCAAUAAGAAUACCUGGUAUUAUAGAAGGUUUAUUGCUAAAGAGACAGUUGAUAAUAUUGAUAAGGAAACUUCCAAAACCAAAUUAAUAUCACCAAAUAAUGAAUUAGAAGAAGAGCAAGUUCAAGAGCCAAUUAUUGUUAAGGAAUCCAUGUUACAGAAAUUCAAGAAUAAGUUUAACAAUUUCAAAAGUCAUGAAAUGUUAUCAUCUCCAAUUCCAUUGCUGACAUGUUUCCUCUACUUGAUGUUGGGAUCGAAACAAAUCUUAUUUGACGAAUGUUUACCUCUCUUUUCAGUUACACCAAAAGAGUUGGGAGGAUUAGGAUUAUCUUCAUAUCAUCUUGGUUUAACUGGUGGAUUUUUAGGAUUUAUCAUAUUUAUGAAUCAGGCAUUCAUCACACCACGUGUUAUUGCCAAAUUCAGUCCAUUGAUUUGCUAUAGGGUGAGUCUUGUUGUGGAUAUUGCAUUCAAUGUAAUCUUUCCUGAAGUUAUUUGGUUAAUGGUUAGUGAACAUGAUCCAAUUUGGAGACAUGUAUUGUUCUGGUUUGUUUUCGUAUUCAUUCUCCUAUUAAGACAAGUUUCUAAUGGGUACAGUUUCUUGGGAACUUUACUCAUUACAAAUAACAGUGUAACCCGAAAGAAUUCUGGAAAAUUGAAUGGAACUUCUCAAUCAUUGGUUUCACUUUCGAGAAUGAUUAGUCCGAUUGUUGGUGGGGCUAUCUUUGCUAGCUCAACAGCUGUCUCUAAAUUUCCAAUUGACCAUCGCACGGUGUUUUAUGUUGUUGGUAUAAUAAGUGUAAUUAUGUUUUUCCUUUCAUUGAUUUUGAAAAAGUCAAUCAAUAAGCCAAAGGAAGAAGUUAAAGUGAAUGAGGUAGCAAAAAAGUAA